AUGAUAAGCCAAAAUGAAUUCUGUGGUGCAGAACAGAUAUCCACAUCCUAUUUAAGAUGCCUGCUUUAUUUGUUAGAAGAAUGGACUGGAGUGGAACGCUUGGAAGAAUAUCUGAAUUACCUGAUCACAUGCCUCCUUGUACCACUAUUUAUAGCUUUGCUAUUUCCAGCAGUCACUUUCAUCCUUGUUUUUAUUUGUGCUAUCACUGUUCAUAUUUACAAAAGAAAGACAGACACACAAGGUUACAUGAAUGAUUUCUGGGAUGGUGUAAGACAAUUUUUGGCAACUGUAUGGUAUGUUCAUGCAAGAAUAUGGAAUGGUUAUGAGGUGCAUGGCCUGGAAAAAUUACCAGAUGGACCAGCACUGAUUAUUCAUUAUCAUGGAGCAACUUUCUUAGACAUCUUGUACUUGUCGGUCUUUAUUUUUAUCAGGAAGAAAAAACUCCUCCACGUAGUUGCUGAUCGUUUUAUCUUUUCAAUCCCAGGUGUGAAGUUAGUAUCUGAUGUAUUACAAUUUAUGCCUGGAUCUCAAGAAGAAUGUAGAAAAGUAUUAGAGAAUGGAGAAUUGUUGAUAAUUUCACCAGGGGGAGUACGGGAAGCACUAUUCAGUGAUGAAAAUUACACUAUUAUAUGGAGAAAUCGUAAAGGAUUUGCUCAAGUGGCCAUUGAUGCGAAAGUGCCCAUCAUUCCUACAUUCACACAGAAUAUUCGGGAAAAUAUUAGAAUAAUUGGAGGACAAAUAAAAUUAUUAAGACUGAUAUAUGAGUAUCUUCGUUUGCCAAUAUUUCCUUUGUAUGGAAACUUUCCAGUUAAACUGCAGGCAUAUUUUGGAGAUCCUAUUCCGUAUGAUCCAAACAUAACAGCAGAAGAAUUGGCCAAAAAAAUGAAGAAUGCACUACGGUGUUUAAUAGAUAAGCAUCAGAAAAUACCAGGAAAUGUACGGAGAGCUUUAAUGGAACGAGUUGCAACAGAGAAACAAGACAAUGAAUAA